AUGGGCAUCACAAAUGCUCCAACAACUUUCAUGGAUUUGAUCAAUAGAGUCUUCAAGGACUUUCUGGACAAAUUUGUGGUAGUGUUUAUUGAUGACAAUUUAAUCUACUCCAAAUCUGAGGUGGAACAUGAAGAACACCUGAGAUUGACAUUAAAGAGGCUUCAAGAGCAUCAGUUGUACACAAAGUUCAGGAAGUAUGAAUUCUGGUUAGAGAAGGUAGGAUUUUUUGGCCAUAUAGUGUCUAAGGAGGGAGUAGCAAUAGUCCCAGCCAAGAUCGAGGCUAUUCGAGGUUGGCCUCAAUCUAAGAAUGAAGCAGAAGUUAGAAGUUUCUUAGGAUUGGCGGGGUAUUAUAGAAAAUUUGUUGAAGGGUUUUCUAAGAUUGUUGCACCCCUAACCAUUUUGACAAGAAAGAAUCAGAAAUACACUUUGACCGAAAACUGUGAGGACUUUCAAACCAUGAAGAAUAAGCUUAUAUCAGCUCCAGUGUUGUGUGUACCAACUGAAGAAGGGAAGUUUAUAGUAUACUGUGAUGCUUCUAAGAAUGGUUUGGGAUGUGUAUUGAUACAAGACGGUGAAGUAAUGGCUUAUGCCUCAAGACAAUUGAAAGAAUAUGAACAAAGAUACCCAACCCAUGAUUUAGAGUUGGCUGCGCCACCACAAUCGCUGCCUUAA